AUGAAUUUUAGCCCUCCUCCCUUCUUUGAGUCUUUCGCGCCCUUAAAUAGUGUCGACCAUGCUCAUAAACCACCCCACUGCUCAUCAAAUAAUUACAUCCUGACUCGUUAUUGA